CGUCCAACCAACGCGGCGGUGCUGCCACACACAAAGCUUGAAACCUAAGCAAAGAUCCAUCCUUGGAUCGACCGCUGUUGCUUGCACGACCAUUCUCGAUAAACCAAUCGAGAUUGGUUCACUCUCUGUUUCCUCUCCCAAUCUUUCGAUACAGAGUAUUGACUUUUUGAUGAGAUUUUUGUGGGUGGUUUGAUCUCGGAAUGCUGCUUAAGAACUUGGUGAAGGUGGGCAGCAGGAUUGAUUGCUGUGAGUUGUGAUUUUUUGUCUGCGUGCUUCGUUCAUUGUUUUACCAAAACGCCUUCGAGGGAUUCAAAGCAGGAACGUUCUCUUUGAAGUUUACCCAUUCAGAUUGCUGUACGACUUAUAGAACUACAAGAAGUUUGGAGAUGGCAGAAAUGCAAAGCAUAGAAAAAAGUUCGGGGGGAUUGGGUUCUGAGGAUAAAAUAACAAAUAUGGGCAUCUUGAGGAGGAGGUCCACAGGAGACGUUAUCAGGAAACCUGCAUCAUCCCCUGUUUCAAGUGAAGAAAAAGUCGUUUCCCGUUAUCUUAGAGCCUCUACGAGCUCCUGUCAUGAUGUCUGCAAAUAUGGAGGAAGACAUGCUUUUGAAUCAAAAGAAAAGAAGCCUGUUUCUCUUUUAUUUCGGCAAAAACGCAGUGCAGGAAAACGAAUGGACAAAAAAGAUGCAUCCAGUGGCAAGGACAGAAAACAGAAAUCAGAUGCCAAAUUCGUGAAAUCAGCACCGAACUUGGAAACUGGCUUUUCUCUAAAAAUGGUAUGUGGUUCCAGCCAAAAGGAUUUGAUGGAAAAUUCUCCUGUGGUAUCUGAUUCUGUCCAAAACUAUUCGAUGGACAAUUUUCCUGUAGCUGGUUGUCCAGGAGACUCAGGGGACAUAGCUGAUAAGCUAAUAGCAACAACUGUAUUAGAAACCACAGAUGAUAACGAGGCUAAACAAUCAGGUUCCUCAGCUCCCUUCAAGUCUCCUGCACAGGGAAAUGGGGACUUGAGAGUACAGAAAGACAGGAGUAAAAUUUGUGCAGCUUCGAAACCUCCAGGGGCGGUCCAGUCACCUCAAAAACAAGUAUGGGACUCAAAACAAGAACUUCCAACAGAAUCUGCAUUCCCACAUGUUUCAAGAGAUUUAGGUGGCGUAGCUGAUGGAGGGACAAAAUUUAAGGACAAUGAAGUAUCAGAAACUAAAGAGUUAAAAGAAGCAGAAUUGAAUGCUUUGUCCUUGCACAGUCAGGACCGUGGAGCUGCAGUGUUGAAAUCAAAGAAGCAUCAAGCAAAAAAUCCUUCAUCACCAAGGAAACGUGAAUCACAUUCCAAGUCAUUGCUGGCUCCAAACCGAAAACCUUUGGCUACAAAAACUUCAUUACCACCCUCCCAGUCAUUGCUGGCUUCAAACCGAAAACCUUUGGCUGCAAAAGCUCCAUUAUCAAACCUUUCCAACAAUUCUGGUGGCAUACCCAACGGGCAUAAGAAAGCAAAUGAUGCAACAAAAGUGAAAGGGAAAAGAGAAGUCAGGUCAUCAGCUCCUUCAUCUUUCAACUCUCCUGCUCCUAGAGUUGCACACCCAGGCUCGAAGAAGCAUCACAAAAAUAGUUCACCUUCACCAUCGUCUCUUGUGAAUGGAGGGUCAGGCUUAAAGACCACAAAGUACUUGGAGAAGAAGCACACCGUUCCUGAGAAGAAGACAGGGACCGAUGUUCUAUCUACUGUUGAUGUUAGUUGCACCGAGACAGAAAACAAAAUUGUCAACAUUGGUGACGUUUGUGCUAGUGAAUCGAAGAAACUGUCACCAGAAUUGUCACCUGGUUCAGUUCCACCAUCUUCACCAUUACCAUCAUCAUUGACAUCAUUAGAAGAGGACCAAGAAUCUCAAUUAACGGGUAGCACAUAUGAAGAUGUUGGCACUGAAACUGAAAAUGCAGCAAAAAUUUCAAGUCAGGAGAAGCAAAUGUCUACGAGGGGUUGUGGAGUUCAGAUUCAAGGUAAAGAACAAAUGCCACAUAAAUUGAUAUUUAAGUCAGGAAAGGUAAUUGAUAAUCAGUCUGAGAGCGAUGGCCCCAGAAGGCUAAAAUUCAGACAGAGCAGGGUGAUCGAGAACAAAGAUGGGACAGAUGAAAUAGGGAGAAGGACUUUCAGGAAGAAGAGAAGCCCCUCCGCCAAUAAUGGGGGAAAUGCUCAUGUUGGUCCAGCUGUGGUGUUGAGACAUCAAGAUGUUCAGGCUAAACAAGAUGCUCAAGACUUUAAUCAAGUUAUUGAAGAAACUGCAAAUAAGCUUGUGAAAAGCAGAAAGAGCAAGGUGAAAGCUCUGGUUGGUGCCUUUGAAACAGUCAUUUCCCUCCAGGAAACUAAAUCCGUUGUCAGUUAACAAGUGGAACAGGUCCUGUUCCCUGCUUUCUGAUACAUAUACAUAUAAUCAAAGCGGUAUUAUACAUGAAUGAGUGAAAUGCUUGAGGUAUUCUAAUACAGAUUAUAAAAGGUUAAGCUGAAGUGAGUUUCAUUCAAGAAUCAAAAUGAGUUUUGCUUCUUUUCUGUGAAUAAUCAGUUUGUAAAUUUACUUGCAUGCUGUAAUUUUUACAUGAUACCUGCGAAUUUUCCUGGAGAUUUGCUAAUGACAUGCACAUGCAUGCACGUGCUUGCAUCUGCUACUUGUUUCCUGAUUGGAGAUACAAAGGCAAAAUUAUACAUUUC